AUGGAGUUGGCGCCAGACCCUGACUUGACUUCGCCGCCACUGCUUCACUAUCUUUAUCCUGGUUUCGUCUUCUUCUGUUUUCUUGCGGCAUCCUUGUUUUCAACCUGCACACUUCAAAGUCGGAAGUCUCGAAAACCAUUGGACCAAGGCUUCCCGGCGCGGAAAGCUGCUAUCGGAUUACUGGCAGCAUUUGUUCUAUGCUACAUUUUGCAACUUGGUGCAGUGGCUGUCACUGCUUUGAACGCGAAGACGCCGCCUCUCGAACACGCAGUCGUUGGGAAUCUCUCUUGCCUGCUCGUUUUUGGAAUUCAGCUCUCCUGGCUAUCCCACAGUGCAGAUUUGGUAUGGUAUCCGUACCAAGGGGCGUGGAUUGUUGCGUUGGCCUUUGAACUCGUACAAUGUACUUUUCUCAUAACCUACUCAUGGUCGCGCCAACUCGGCGUCAAUAGCAUCGCUGGGCUGGCAUUGAUCCUUUCGCGCUGUGCAAUACUGGUCGUACUUUUACUAUUGACUUCUGUGCGAAACCGUGUCCAAUCUCUCCGGCGCCAGUCGGAUCAGGACAGAGAACCGCUACUGUCCCAUGGUACAAGUGUGAAUGAAACGAGCUACGGUUCUACCUCGAACACUGAAACAGCCUCCAACGAGGAAGCGGAGUACAAUUGGGAACGGCGCGAGCGAGAGGCGAGGGAAAACAUGGAGAAAAGGCUUAAAGAAGGCGGCAACUGGUUUGCUUACGCUAAAGGAUUCAUGAUCUUCUUUCCGUAUGUCUGGCCUGUUCACGAUAGAACCCUGCAACUACGCGCUGUAGCCGUAUGUGUAUGCCUUCUUGGUUCCAAUGUACUCCAUCUCUUGAUCCCUCGACAGACUGCCAUUAUCAUGGACAGCUUGGCUACUCGGAAUAGCAGUAACCCCUGGGCCGCUGUGGCAGUGUUUGCAGGCUUGAGGUUAGCUGCUUCCGACUCUGGCAUUGAACUUCUGCGCCAGUGGCUCUGGGUUCCAGUUCAAUACUACUCUCACGAAGCCAUGACCCGGGCUGCAUAUUCACACAUGAUACAUUUGUCGGCGGAUUUUCAUGAUUCGAAAAGCUCUUCAGACAUGAUGGUGGCGAUUUCUGGCGGACGUGCGGUCUCCAACGCCGUCGAGAGCGUGCUACUUCUAGCAGUGCCCAUGUUGAUUGACAUGUCGGUUGCGCUCAUAUACCUCUCAGCUACCUUUGGACCGUACGAGGGAUUCAUUACCUUGGCAACUGGAACGGUAUUCUCCAUCAUGGCAGGAAGGUUGGUGGCUGAGUCAAAGAUGGCAAGUCGCCAACGCGUGAAUGCGCUGUAUCAAGAAUACCAUAUUCGUUCAUCGGGUUUGACGGGCUGGCAGACCGUCAGCGCCUUCAAUCAGAUUGGAUACGAGGACAACCGGCACGCCGACGCUGUAAGCAACAGAUGGCUUAGGGAGCGGAAAUACAUACUAGGUUGGAACGUGUCGAUAGCCUUUCAGACCAUGGUUCUCACCUGCGGUCUUUUGGCCAGUGCAUUCUUGGCUGUUUACCGUAUCCGAAGCGGACAUGCGACCCCCGGGCAAUUCGCGAUGCUGUUGAUGUACUGGUCGCAGCUAACGGCUCCCUUGCAAUUCUUUGCCAGGCUGGGCAAGAGCAUGAGCGACGACUUUAUCGAUGCAGAAAGGCUGUUGGAUAUCAUGAAGAAGAAGCCGACGAUUGAGAACAAGAAGGGAGCCAGGCCCUUGAAGUUUGUGGCCGGGAAUGUCAAGUUCGACAAGGUUAGUUUCAGCUAUGACGGGCAGAAGAACGUCAUCGACGGCAUCUCGCUGGACAUUUCAGCCGGCGAAACCGUGGCAUUCGUUGGAGCCACGGGGGCCGGGAAAUCCACUGUAUUGAAGCUUCUCCACCGUUUCUACGAUGCAACCGGUGGAAGCAUCUCGAUUGACGACCAAGACAUCCGAGAGGUGGACCUCUAUAGCCUUCGAGACCGUAUCGGCAUAGUGCCACAGCAUCCAAUACUGUUCGACGACACCAUCAUGAACAAUGUUCGCUACGGAAACAUCACCGCCAGUGACGAAGAGGUGUUUGAUGCGUGCCGAGCCGCUUGUAUUCAUGAUAAGAUCAACACUUUUACAAACGGCUAUGAUACUCGAGUCGGUGAACGCGGCGUAAAAUUAUCCGGCGGAGAGCUGCAACGCGUAGCAAUCGCGAGAGCGAUUCUGAGACGGCCCGACAUUGUCCUGCUAGACGAAGCUACUAGCGCAGUUGAUACUGACACGGAGCAGCAAAUUCAACUCUCAUUUAGGCGACUUUGUCAGGGGCGCACAACUUUUAUCGUCGCACAUAGGUUAUCGACCAUCAUGAACGCAGAUCGCAUUGUUGUCGUCGAAAAUGGCCAAGUCGUGGAACAAGGUAGUCAUAACGAGCUCAUCGUUGCCAAUGGAAGAUACGCGGAUUUGUGGUCAAAACAGGUUUUUCUGCGACCUCGCGAGAAGCUUGACUUGAUGGAUUUCAUCGACGACAGGCCAGUGACUGCCGACGAUUUGUCCUCUGAGCAAACAGCAACCGAGCAUAGCAAGCAGGGUGACAUGGACUCGGAUAGUGAAGGAAACACCACCGAUACGUAUGGGGAACGGACUGCCGAUAGCACCGGCACAGCAACCACACAUCGAAAAGAGGAAUCCAGUUUGAAUCCUGCAGCUCCCGAGUUUACUCCGGCGCGAUUACAAAAGAGCCGCCUGUGA